AUGGGCUUCCCGCUAAUUGCGUUACAGGACCCCGACAAAGUAUGGCCUAGGAUCGUGCGCGCGCGCGAGAGAUGGAUGAUGCAGUCCGAGCGAAAGAAGGUUGCAUGGGCCAUCCAGCAGUAUGCACAACAGUCGCAGAUCAAGGACGCUUACAUGCUAGGCCUUCCCGAGUUCAGCUUCGUGUCUGCAGAACGAGACUUCAGUCACGGCGAGAAUGGGAAGUUCAAUGCCAGCAACCACUACGUCACGCAGCUCGUCUACCAUCUCGACACCAUUGCUGUGCUUGCGAUCGAGAGCAAGACGCCGAUCGAGUCGUUCGUGCAGGAGUGGGACCGAGAUUGGUCUCCACUCGAGCAACAAGUGCUAGGUGCCUAUGAUAUCAAGACGCUUGAAACACCGCAGUCCGAAGAGCGUAUCGGAUCGCAAAGCUUUGUUUGCGUCCCCUGUGUGGUGCAGUCUUCCCACAGCUUGAUAACUCGCAAACUACCAAUCCGAUGA